CACCAUGGUGCGCCGAGAUCGUCUCCGCAGGAUGCGGGAGUGGUGGGUCCAGGUGGGGCUGUUGGCAGUGCCCCUGCUUGCGGCCUAUCUGCACAUCCCGCCCCCGCAGCUUUCCCCUGCUCUUCACUCAUGGAAGUCGUCAGGCAAAUUUUUCACCUACAAGGGACUGCGCAUCUUCUACCAAGACUCUGUGGGUGUGGUUGGAAGUCCGGAGAUAGUCGUGCUGUUACAUGGCUUUCCAACAUCCAGCUAUGAUUGGUACAAGAUUUGGGAAGGUCUGACCCUGAGGUUUCAUCGAGUGAUUGCCCUUGAUUUCCUAGGCUUUGGCUUCAGUGACAAACCGAGGCCGCAUCACUAUUCCAUAUUUGAGCAGGCCAGCAUCGUGGAGGCACUUCUGCGACAUCUGGGGCUCCAGAGCCGCAGGAUCAACCUGUUGUCUCACGACUACGGGGACACCGUGGCUCAGGAGCUGCUCUACAGAUUCAAGCAGAAUCGAUCUGGUCGGCUUACAAUCAAGAGUCUGUGUCUGUCAAAUGGAGGUAUAUUUCCUGAGACUCACCGUCCCCUCCUUCUACAAAAGCUUCUCAAAGAUGGAGGCAUGCUGUCACCUAUCCUCACACGGCUGAUGAACUUCUUCGUAUUCUCUCGAGGUCUCACCCCCGUCUUUGGGCCAUACACCCGACCUUCUGAGAGUGAGCUGUGGGACAUGUGGGCAGGGAUACGCAACAAUGAUGGGAACUUGGUUAUUGACAGUCUAUUGCAGUACAUCAAUCAGAGGAAGAAGUUUAGAAGACGCUGGGUGGGAGCCCUUGCCUCUGUAUCUAUUCCCAUUCAUUUUAUCUAUGGGCCAUUGGAUCCGGUGAACCCCUAUCCCGAGUUUUUGGAGCUGUACAGGAAAACGCUGCCGCGGUCCACAGUGUCGAUUCUGGAUGACCACAUUAGCCACUAUCCACAGCUAGAGGAUCCCAUGGGCUUCUUGAAUGCAUAUAUGGGCUUCAUCAACUCCUUCUGAGCUGGAAAGAGUAGCUCCCCUGUAUUCCCUCCCCUGUUCCCUUAUCUGUCGUGUAAUCCACUUAGGAAGAAAUGCCCAAAAGAGGUCCUGGCCACCAGACACUAUUCUCUCACUAAAGUCCACCUGACUCACACUGGUGAACAGCACAUAGUAAAAAGCCAGCAGAAGCUGUAAGGUGACCUGAUGGUCCCCCUCCCAUUCCUUUGACAUCUGAUCAAGUAUAUGGACUUGCCUUUGUCUUUGUGUUACAUAGGAAAUUAUGAUGGGUACUACCACUCACGGAUGCAGAAAGAUAGAUAUGCGUUUGCAUAAAAGUCUUUGAAACAUUUCUGUGGACUUUUCUGAAGUAUUUGGAAAUGCUGAUUUCUGGCCCAGUUUGGAAUUAUCUAAAGGUGCUGCCUUCACCUUGCCUUGAAUGGCUUUGAGUUCUCUAAGUGACACAGCUUCAAGUGAGAGUGAGUUUCCCUUGUCAUAACUUUGGAUUUAGUUUCAUUAGCUGCUUCUAGUUGUAGACAUUUUGUUAGACUUUGGUUUAAAUAAUGUAGUAUUCUAAGUAUACUUCAAGACUAUGAUUUCCCUACACUUAUUAUAUAUAUAAAGAUACUAAACCAGCAGACACUCUAGCAGACCUUAAACAUGUCAUUUGAGUAAACUGAACUAAAUCCAAGCUAUUUACAGAAUUUCCUAAAAUCACAGGACAUUGAAGACAGGAGCCUCUGUGCCAGAGAUUCACUGUUAUUUUGCUGUUAGAACUGAUCCUUCCAGCUAAUAACAGUCAGGCUUUUCAUACCUCAGUGCGUAGAAGCAUGUCCCUCCUGAGCUAGUGGAGAGGAGGGGAGCGCUGUACAGUCCAAGUCACCGGGCUGAAUGUAUACUGACUGCUUAACUUCUCAUUGGUUGUCCCAGAGAGGGUUCCUCGUGUAGCUCAGCAGUUCCUGUACUUUAUAGACAGGAAAGUUCCAGAAACUUAAAGAACAAAGUCUGAAAGGCCUAUGAGCAAACGGUGCUGAAUACUUUUUUUUUUAAGCCGCAGUUUCAUUGUCUUAGUAGUUAAAGCAGGAUCAUUAAGUGGUGAUUUAUUUUUUUUUAUUAGCAACUUCAAGUAUAACAACUGGAAUAAGUGUUUAUUUUCUAUUAAUAAAAAUGAAU